CCCCGCCCCCGGCGGAAGCCGGAAGCGGGCGGGCCGGCCGUGACCCGCGGGCGGGCAGCGCCGGCCGCGCCAUGACGGGAAAAUCCGUGCGGGACGUGGAGCGCUACCAGGCGGUGCUGGCCGGGCUGCUGGCCGAGGACGAGAACAAGUUCUGCGCCGACUGCCAGGCCAAAGGGCCACGAUGGGCAUCCUGGAAUAUUGGGGUGUUCAUCUGCAUCCGCUGUGCCGGGAUCCACAGGAACCUGGGGGUUCACAUAUCCAGGGUCAAAUCUGUCAACCUCGACCAGUGGACACAGGAACAGAUCCAGUGCGUGCAGGAGAUGGGGAAUGGCAAAGCCAAUCGUCUCUACGAAGCCUACCUGCCCGAGAACUUCCGGAGGCCCCAGACAGACCAAGCUGUGGAGAGUUUUAUCCGGGAUAAAUAUGAGAAAAAGAAGUACAUGGACAGAAGCAUCGACAUCAACGCCUUCAGGAAAGAAAAGGACGACAAAUGGAAAAGGACCAACGAGUCGGAAAGGAAACUGGAACCCAUCAUCUUUGAGAAGGUGAAAAUGCCCCAGAAGAAAGAUGAAACGCAGCAAUCCAGGAAAAGUUCCCCCAAAUCUGAGCCAGUCAUGGACUUGCUGGGGCUGGACGCUCCGGUGACGACGCCCGUCACCAAUGGCCGGCCCAGCAGCCUGGAGAAGGACCUGGACCUCUUUGCAUCCGUGGGAUCCAGCUCAGACUCCAGGAAGGUCGUCGGCUCCAUGCCGACCUCCGGAAGCGCCGGCUCCGUUCCCGAAAAUCUGAAUCUCUUCCCGGAGCCCGGAGGCAAAGGGGAGGAGGUGGGGAAGAAGCAGCUCUCCAAAGACUCCAUCCUGUCCCUGUACGGCUCCCAAACCUCCCAGGUGCCAGCACAAGGAGCGAUGUUCAUGGCGCCGGCUCAGCUGGGCUACCCCGCCUCUCCCUACCCCGCCUUCCCGGCCGUUCCCCCUUCCAGCAGCAUGAUGGGGGGCUUGGUGGCCCCAUCCGUGGGGAUGCUGGCCCAGCCCGGAGCUCCUGGCAUGGUGGCACCCGUGGCCAUCCCGGCGGGCUACGUGGGCAGCGUGCUGGGCGUUGCCAACGGGGUGCUGGGCGCCCAGCAGCCCGGCUUCGUGGUGCCCCCGGCCCUCUACGGGGUCCAGCCAACGCAGCAGCUGCAGUGGAACCUGGCCCAGAUGACCCAGCAGAUGGCUGGGAUGAACUUCUAUGGAGCCAAUGGAAUGAUGGGCUAUGGACAGUCCAUGGGAGGAGGAGGAGGAGGAGGAGGAGGAGGAGGAGGAGGAGCAGGCCAGGGCAGCAAUGCCUCGCUCAGCUCCCCGCUGUGGAAAUGAGCCCUCGCUCGCAGCUGACCAUCUCUGCCUUCGUUCUGUUCUCCAAACCUGCUCCAUGAGGCAUUCAGGGGUUUUUUGCUUUCAGGUUCCAGGGGGCCCAGCCCAACCUGAAGAAUGGUUGUUCCCAUCUCUGCCUUUUCCGCUGUCGCAGCCCCGGGGCCGGCUCGGUGCCUCGGCCCCGUCCUCAGCACAGUCAAUGCACACGGGGAGGAGAUCCCUCCCUGCACAAAGCUCCUCCAGAGCUCCUGGGUGGCACCUGAUGGGCACCUGGGCACAGGUGGGACUGGGAAACCUGGACUGAAUCCCACCCAGAAAGCUGGGAUUUCUCACUUCAACUCCAGUGUUAGAUUUUUUUUUUGUUUGGGUUUUUUUUUUCUUUUUUCUUUUUUUUUUUUGGGGGGUGGGGGGAACCUCGUUUGGUGCUGAGGAACUGGAUUUGAGCCCAGGGGCAAGCAAGCCUUGCUACCUCCUCCCUGGAGCGGAGCUCUCCCUGCUCCCACCCUCCUUGGAACCAAAGUCCUUGGGAAAAGCCCUCUCCCACCCCUCUGAGCAAGCAGGAAUCUCGCCCGGAGUGGGGACAAAGCCGAUGGAAUGUGAAAAACUUGCACUGCAGAGCGAAUUUUCUGCCUGGAAUCUGAUGGAAUUUCACUUUUAAUCUAACCAGAGUUAAUUCUCCUGGGCCCAGAGCCCUGUGCAAGUUUUCUUACGCUUUCAAAAAUGACUCUGACAUCCUAAUUUAUACUUUUUUUUUUUCCCUAUUUUUUUUUUCUGUUUUGUUUCGUUCUUCUUGUCGCUGUUCCUGUGUAAAAUCCUGGUUCCCCCCCCUUUUCCUGGCUCGCUUGGGACAUUUUAAUCUUAGGCAGAUUUCUUUUCUCAUCUCCAGUAGAACCCAAAACUGCUUCAAAAGUCAGCAAGAAGUCGGACUUGUGGUCUGCUCUCUCCUGUGGAUAUGUAAAUUCCCAAAUAAAAUAUUGCAGUGGA